UAUGACACUGUGUAUGCUCGUGACUUCCGACACGUUGGUGCUGAUCAAUUAUGUGUCCUUCUCCGAGUCUCUGUUCGUCUUCCUGUCCAUCUCAGCCCUACUUUGGCUGCGCUACAAGGACCCGCAUCGCCAUAGGCCUAUAAAGAUCUGGAUUGGGAUUCCCAUCGUGUUCUUCUUCAUCUGUCUGUUCCUCGUCAUCUUCCCUAUAGUGGAGCGCCCCGUCGAGCUGGGUAUUGCUAGUGGCAUCUUCUUCGCUGGCGUUCCGGUCUACUAUCUGUGCGUUCAUAAGGCGAAUAAGUCCAAGAAAUUCUGUUCAUUUAUGGGAAAAUUUACGUCCGUCAUCCAGCUGCUUUACCAUGGAUUGCCCGAGGAAGAUGAUGAAUGUGACUGAAAAUUUUGUUGUUACGAUACUAUUGACAAAUGAUGACCAAUAACGUUACGAACAGAACUGUAACUGGUGUAGUUCGAUUUAUAACUUUACUCAACUACAUGUAAUUACCAUAAUGGUAUAUAUCGAGAUGCGUCAACUGCAUCCUCUGUUUUGUGAAUUUAAUCACUCUCAUUUAUUUUUUUUCGUGGAUGUUAUGGUUGUAUUAGCAGUUGCUGCUCGAGUGGGAAAGAGAUCUGGAGUAGAGUAAUUAUAAGAUUGUAAUAAUUGUAGCAGUAUUAGUGAAAUUUCUUUCUCAUCUAGAUUUGAGAUAGUAUUAGAGUAGUAAUAGAAUCAGUAUCUGAUUUUUUUUUAAUGUAACCGAAGUAGUAGCAGUAUUAGUAGUAACUGUAG